CCGGAAGUUACAGUCGAGUCGUUAGUGUUCAUGAGCACGACAGGAGCGAACCGGCGAAGACGAUAGUGGGGGAAGAAGAGGAGCCGGGUGGACGGCGACAGAACACAGUCCACGGAAUGAAACACAUUGAUGUUUGUUCCUCAGAGUUCUACUUUCUCUCACUUGACGUCCCUUAUUCUGCACAUCCUCAUAGCAAGAGCCUGACGUGCAAGUGUUGAAUCUCCCUGUGUAUGUUGUGACUGCCCGCUCCACUGCCCGGGGAAGAAACAAUUCAGUGACCCCAGUGUGCGAGCGGAGGAGUGUGCGACCAUAGUGUGCGAGCAGCUCUCCCUAUGUGUGUCACAAUGGGGGACAUCAGUGACCUGGACCGACAGAUAGAGCAGCUCAGACGCUGUGAGCUCAUUAAGGAAAAUGAAGUCAAAGCACUGUGUGCCAAAGCCAGAGAGAUUCUGGUGGAAGAAAGCAAUGUCCAGAGAGUAGACUCUCCUGUCACAGUGUGUGGUGAUAUACAUGGUCAGUUCUAUGACUUGAAAGAGCUGUUUAGAGUCGGUGGCGACGUCCCAGAGACAAAUUACCUCUUCAUGGGAGACUUUGUGGACAGAGGCUUCUACAGUGUGGAGACCUUCCUUCUUCUGCUAGCUCUUAAGGUGCGUUAUCCAGACAGGAUAACACUGAUUCGGGGAAACCACGAGUCCCGGCAAAUCACCCAGGUCUAUGGCUUCUACGACGAGUGCCUCCGCAAGUACGGCUCUGUCACCGUCUGGAGAUACUGCACAGAGAUAUUCGACUACCUGUCUCUCUCAGCUAUCAUUGACGGCAAGAUUUUCUGUGUGCACGGAGGCUUGUCUCCAUCCAUCCAGACACUGGACCAGAUCAGGACCAUUGACAGAAAACAAGAAGUUCCCCAUGAUGGGCCCAUGUGUGACCUCCUGUGGUCAGACCCUGAAGACACCACAGGGUGGGGGGUGAGUCCCAGAGGUGCUGGCUACUUGUUUGGAAGUGACGUGGUGGCCCAGUUCAACGCCGCCAACGACAUCCACAUGAUCUGUCGAGCACAUCAGCUGGUCAUGGAGGGCUACAAAUGGCACUUCAAUGAGACGGUGCUCACGGUGUGGUCAGCACCCAACUACUGCUACAGAUGUGGCAAUGUGGCGGCCAUCUUGGAGCUGGAUGAGCAUCUACAGCGGGAGUUCAUCAUAUUCGAGGCAGCGCCACAAGAGACCAGAGGCAUCCCCUCCAAGAAGCCAGUAGCCGACUAUUUCCUGUGAAGUCUUUGAGCAGACAGCCAUGAUGUGUCGAGAUCUCUGGUACCAUUUCUCACCAGCCACCCUCCAUCCUGCUGCUGGACGGUUCUGUCAGGCUGAACUCAGAGCAGUUCGACAGAAAACCUGCCAAUCCCUGCGAGGCUCCAGACAGCUUCAGCUUGAAGAGCCGGAUUUUUGCCCCACUGCCCACGCCUGACAGAGCAGUCACUGUGAAAGGUGUAGGUGGCGAGGUGGAUACUGGGCCCAUGACUGUUGUCACUUCUCUUCAGCUGUAUAAGAUGGCCAUUUUCUUUCUCCCCUCGGCCUCCUUCCAUUUCCAUCUGGUCUCCUCCUCUCUCACUCUCUGUAGAUACCUCCCUGACUUAACCUCCACCACUCUUGUAGUGUUUCUUUUCCUGACGAACAUUGUCAUCUAGUUUUAGAAGUUUUUGGAAGGAGUUAGACUUUUCUUUUUUUCUUUUUUCAAAAAAUAUGCAGAUGUAGGAAGUUUCACAUUUUUAUCGUUUAAGAAAUUCCCUCGAUGCAUAUGUUGUGUCUUUGUUCUUGAUUUUUGUAUAAUUGUUGCUGCCAGGAUUAAAUGCAAAAUGACCUGUUUCCCAUCCCCUUUUUUGCUCUUAUGUUUCUGUUUAAAUGUCAUGUGUGUCACUAUUUAACAUCCAACAUACCCAGUGCUGCUGCCCAGCACUAUCACAAGUAAAUACCAGAAAUGUAAUGACUGGCCAACAGGAGUCACUAUAUUCACCAUUGUUUAUUUUCUCUUAAUUCCUUUUAAUCUACAAAUCUCUGUAGGUCUGUCAUUUUUGAUAUUGUGAGAAUAAAGUUUUUGUAUCAAUGCUGA